AUGAAGUUUGCAAAGAGAUACAUUGAUGAUAUUAAGGAGAAGCAGCCAGGAUGGAGAGACAAGUUGUUGUCGUACAAAGAAUUGAAGAGGCUUGUAAGACGGAUAGGUGAUGAUGGAAACUCAGAGGCAGAGUUUAUGUGCUUGUUGAACAAUGAAAUCGACAAGUUCAAUGAAUUUUUCAUUGAAAAAGAAGAAGAAUUCAUUAUCCGGCAAAAGGAGUUAGAGCAGAAUAUGAAGACAGCAAUCAAUUUAUGGAGAACAAAUGGAAGUAAUCCAUCAGAAAAGGAUGAUAAGAAUAAAUUAAUAAAAGAUAUUGUUGAUUUACAUGGUGAAAUGAGUAUUUCAGAGAAUAAUGGUUCUGAGCCAAAUGAGUGUUUAAGUAUUAAACACACAAGGUGGCAUGAUGAAGUUCAAUUCGGCAUAAAAGCUCUUCGUUUGGUGUUGGAGAUGGUUUCUUUUAGAAGUUGUUGGUGUGUCAAGUCUGACUUAAAAGUUCCGUACUUAUAUGAAAAAGUAGAUGAUGACAAAUAUUAA